AUGUCGGCGACCUCCCUCCAAUCGUUCGCCAAUUCGUACUCCCCUUUCUCGCCCCGGUCGCAAUCCAGUCGAAUGGCCCAUUCUCAAACCCCCGGUCUAGACACGCUAGCAGAAGGGUCGCAGUAUGCGCUUGAGCAACUGCAGCUGGCGCGGCAAGCCGGCGCGUCGGCCAAUCCCCCGACCGAUUCCGAAGGCAAGCCUCUGGGCGAUCCGGAGGCACUGGAGCCACAACUGUACAGCGAACAGAAUGGCGCAAAUUCCGAAAGGAAGUUCGCCUUACAACCGCGCGACACACUUUCCGAUGCUCGGUCGGCCAUUCGCAAGAACUCGUCGGCCACUCCAAGUUCGGGCUCAGCUGUGAGUAUGCGCGAGAGCGAAAAAAAGCGCGGAAAGGCCUCGAAAAAGGAUCUUGCGGCAGCAGCCGCGGUCGGCAUUUCCAACGGUGAGAAAGGUUACCAGGAUGGUGAGUCUGUACACGAGAAUUCCCCAAAUGGCCACUCUUCACACGAAAUCAAUGCGCCUUACGAACCCGCCUUCGACGCUGCUCGUGCAGUUCCUGAAUCCGCACAACCACAUUUGCGCAACCAUGGCGUUCCAGAGAUAUCAAGGAUCCAGCAGAACCCGCACUCUACCUCAGUCCACCCCCAACAACCGGUAACAUCCGGCAUAGAUGACAUGUCCUUGAACUAUGGAAACGUACCCGAAUCAAACAGAGCGGCCAUGUCCGUACCCGACCUACGGUCUCUACAAAUGAUGCAUCAGAACGGAAAUACUCGCCAGCCAGGGGCAAUGCUCCACUCUCAAGGAUUCGGAUCGGGGUAUCAUGAUGGCGGGGCAUAUCCAUUGCUAAACUCACACGAGGCAAACGCGACAUCAAUCAAUCAAUUCCGGCUCGGGGGCUCAGCAGAAAAUCCGUCUGCGUCAUUCCUAGGCUUUUCCCCACCAGCACAGUCCCCCAGCUGGCUGCCUCUUCCAUCACCAUCACCCGCAAACUUCCCGUCUUUCAGCAUGGCUCCAUUCUCCAGUUCAUUAAGAUACCCCGUCUUACAGCCGGUCCUCCCUCAUAUUGCAUCCAUCAUCCCCCAGUCUCUCGCAUGUGAUCUCCUUGACGUCUACUUUACUAGCUCGUCCUCCUCACAUCUGUCGCCAUUGUCUCCUUAUGUUGUUGGUUUUGUGUUUCGCAAGCAGUCAUUUCUUCACCCAACGAAGCCGAGGGUAUGCAGCCCUGGCCUUCUAGCUAGCAUGCUCUGGGUAGCGGCUCAGACCAGCGAAGCUGCAUUCUUGACCUCGCCUCCGUCGGCCCGAGGGCGUGUUUGUCAGAAACUACUUGAGCUCACUGUUGGGUUACUUCGGCCUCUCAUCCACGGUCCAGCCACGGGAGAAGCAUCGCCUAACUAUGCGGCGAAUAUGGUCAUCAAUGGAGUGGCUCUCGGAGGCUUUGGUGUCUCAAUGGAUCAGCUAGGUGCACAGAGCAGUGCAACUGGCGCCGUUGACGAUGUCGCUACUUACGUUCACUUGGCGACAGUGGUAUCAGCAAGCGAGUAUAAAGCGGCUAGUAUGCGUUGGUGGACAGCGGCAUGGUCGCUCGCGCGCGAGCUCAAGUUGGGCCGUGAACUACCGCCAAAUGCCACGAACCGUCAAGAUGGCGAGUUGGAAGGUGAGUCCGAAUUGGACUUGAAUGGCAAGCGGCAGUCAACAUCGCUCCUAAAUUCCAUCGGACAUGGCCAUGGAAGCUCCGCAAUCAAUUUAACGGAGGAAGAGCGUGAAGAGCGCCGCCGCAUUUGGUGGUUACUUUACGUGAUGGAUCGUCAUCUAGCCCUUUGCUACAACCGUCCCUUGACACUAUUGGAUAAGGAAUGUGAGGGCCUAUUGCAGCCGAUGAAUGACGAUCUUUGGCAAGCAGGUGAUUUCUCUGCUGCCAGCUACCGGCGUGCGGGCCCGGCCUUCGAGUGUACGAGCCACAGCACAUUUGGCUACUUUUUGCCGCUCAUGUCUAUUCUUGGAGAGAUUGUGGACUUGCAGCAUGCUCGAAAUCACCCUCGCUUUGGCCUUCACUUCCGCAACAGUGGUGAAUGGGAAAGCCAGGUUAUGGAGAUCACUCGGCAGCUGGAUGUUUAUGCGCAGAGUUUGAAGGAAUUCGAGGCUCGGUAUACCUCGUCGUUGACACUGGGUCCUGGCGACGCGGACACGGCCAUGGAAGGGGCACAUGUCAACCAUGUCAGUCCAUCUGGUCGGUCAAAUAGCAGCACAGUCGGAUCGCAUGUUAGCGAGUCAAUCGUCCAUACUAGAAUGGUUGUCGCAUAUGGUACCCACAUCAUGCACGUCCUUCACAUUCUGUUGGCUGGCAAAUGGGACCCUAUCAACCUGUUGGAUGACAAUGAUCUCUGGAUCUCAUCCGACUCUUUUAUCACCGCCAUGGGCCAUGCCGUCAGCGCUGCCGAGGCGGCAUCCGAUAUUCUUGAGUACGACCCAGACCUGAGUUUCAUGCCUUUCUUCUUUGGUAUCUACCUUUUGCAAGGUAGCUUCUUGCUGCUCCUCACGGCCGACAAACUCCAGGGUGAUGCCAGUGCUAGUGUUGUCAGAGCUUGUGAGACAAUUGUGCGGGCCCAUGAGGCAUGUGUUGUGACAUUGAAUACAGAGUAUCAGAGAACAUUCCGAAAGGUAAUGCGCUCCGCACUCGCUCAGGUACGAGGGCGUGUUCCGGAAGACUAUGGCGAGCAGCAACAACGCCGACGCGAAGUCCUUGCCCUCUACCGCUGGAGCGGAGAUGGCAGCGGUCUCGCUCUAUAA